ACAAUACAUUCGAUAUUUUAAACAGAUUAUGAGUACGAUAUAAUAUGCGUUAGACAUAUCACAUUUUAUAUAUACGUUCGCGCAAUAUUUGAGCGAAUUUCAACCAAGUUUGAAAAUAAUAUUCUUAAAUCUCCAUUCUUCUUCUAAACUCAUUUAUGCAACUUGAGAAAACGAUUUCGUUCGUAAGAAAAUAUUUGUCAAACUCCCGCGCACGUCGCGCCGCCGUUUCGCCUGUCGCUCUCACGAGGCAACGAACGUCAGCGAACGUCAAGUACGUGAAUCGGACAGUAUAGAGUAUAGACGAUUUGCCAGUCUAAUCGUUUCAACGUCAUUGCACGUAAUUCGCGUUGCUUUUUAAACCAAUUAUAUCCGAUGCACCGCGGUGUGCAAUGAUCUUGCAUCAGCCGCAGGCAUUCGCCGAUCAAUGUCACGCGCGUCGAUCCGUCACCGGCCGAAAAUGCGAAUGGGCGUAAAAUCGCCGCCGGCAGACCCGACGACGUCGUACGCCGCGCUUCCCAACUAACCUACAACCUUAACGAUGCGUCGAUAUGGGGGUGUGCUCGUAGAUAUCGUCUAUCGCUCGUAGAGAGAUUGUGAUGAGUCGCGACGCCCGUGCGUGUCGCUCGACAGCGACGUGGAUCGAAUCGGACGCGAUCGCUGAUCGCGCGAGUUCCGGAUCGUGCUGCUUAUAGGUUAUCUCCAGAUCUCCGCAGCAGUUAACAAUACGAUACUGUCACGUAUAUACGUAUUUACGCACGACGCAUCUCAAGUAUCGUUGAAAAUACUCCGCGUAAACGGUGUUAAACGGUGUGAAAUUUCUCCACUCACGGCAUAUCACAUUUCGCACGGUCCGUCAUGUGUCUUGCGAAGGUCAAGCCGUUUGAGCCCUUCCUGUCGAUAGCUACUUUCUGUCUCGGUUUCAAACAGCAAUACAAAAGAGCAAGUGUGACUAUGUUUUGGAAGAAUUUUUGAAUCACAUAAGUAACUGUUAUAUAUAAUGUGCUUGUGACUAAAUAUAGAUCUUUUACAUUGGUAAAAUAAUGCUUAAAAUCAUCAUAUAUCUUUGUAUAACCUGACUAUAAAUUUUGAAAAUGCAAGCCAAGAAACGCUAUCUAUUAUUGUUUGUCACAUGCGCGUUUCUUGGUUACUGUUAUUUUGGCGGAUAUCGUUUGAAAAGCGAAAAAUGGACAGGCAGAUCUCAGUUGCCUUACGAGCGAUUGCCUUCAUAUUUAAGUCUAAAUGAAGAAUUCUAUGACAAAGAUUUAAAGACAUCCAGUGGGACUUUAGCUAUGUCCCAACGUGCAAGACAUUGUCGCAUGGAAACUUGCUUUGAUUUUACCAGAUGCAAGCAAGGUUUCACCGUAUAUGUGUAUCCAGUUGAAGAAGCGAUAAGUCCAUUAUACCAAAAAAUAUUAAAUGUUAUCACAGAAUCGAGAUAUUAUACGUCAGACCCAGCACGGGCAUGUAUAUUUGUCUUAGCUCUCGAUACAUUAGAUAGAGAUCCCUUAUCUACUGAAUUUGUACACAAUCUUCCUUCUAAAUUGUUACAUCUGCCAUAUUGGAAUAAUGGAAGGAAUCAUCUGAUAUUUAACUUAUACUCUGGUACAUGGCCUGAUUAUGCAGAGGAAUCGCUGACUUUUGAUGUGGGUUAUGCAAUGCUUGCUAAAGCUAGCAUGUCCAUCUUUAGACAUAGGCCAGACUUUGAUGUGUCGAUACCUCUGUUUGGCAAACAACAUCCAGAACGUGGUGGUGAAUCUGGCCAAGCGUUAGAAAAUAAUUUUCCUAAUAAUAAGAAAUAUGUGGCAGCUUUUAAGGGGAAACGAUAUGUACAUGGUAUUGGAUCUGAAACAAGAAAUGCUCUCUAUCAUUUACAUAAUGGUAAAGAUUUAGUAUUUGUUACUACUUGUCGUCAUGGAAAAGCUUGGAGAGAAUUGCAAGAUGAACACUGUCAACAAGAUAAUCAGGAAUACGAUACGUACGACUAUGAGAUUUUAUUAAUGAAUGCAACAUUUUGUCUGGUUCCGCGAGGACGACGAUUGGGCAGUUUUCGGUUUCUAGAAGCUUUGCGGGCGGGAUGUAUUCCAGUUAUUUUAAGCAAUGGUUGGGCUCUUCCUUUUCACGAGCGUAUCGAUUGGACUCAGGCUGCCAUAUUUUCCGAUGAGAGAUUAUUACUUCAAAUUCCAGAUAUAGUACGAUCCGUGUCUAAUGUACAAAUUCUUAAAUUGCGACAGCAAACGCAAUUUUUAUGGGAAAGGUAUUUUUCAUCUAUCGAAAAGAUUGUGUUUACUGCGUUUGAGAAUAUUCGCGAGCGUUUGCCAUGGGAAGGCGUGCGAGAAAGAAUUGUCUGGAAUACCAGUCCUGGAGCUCUAGUGAUUUUACCACAAUUUGCUGAUAGCCAGCAAGAACUUCCUUUUUCAAACAGUAACCCUGGUAAUACUUUCACUGCCAUAAUCUAUUCGCAAUUGGGAUCCACUGCAGUUCUCUAUCGCCUGCUUCGGAGUCUCGCAAAAAGCAAGUACCUAGAUAAGAUAAUACUUAUGUGGAAUUCGGACAUUCCGGUGCCAAGAAAACCACGUUGGCAAGGUAUCAAAGCGUCAAUCCACAUUGUCGCGGUUGACGGUAUAUCUCAACGUUUUUAUCCUUAUCCGUUAAUCAAAACUAGUGCCAUAUUGUCACUUGAUGAAGAUGCUACUCUAAAUACCGAUGAGAUUGACUUCGCUUUUACGGUUUGGCGAUCGUUUCCCGAUCGAAUAGUAGGGUAUCCAGCAAGAUCUCAUUAUUGGGAUGACUCAAAGCGUUCCUGGGGUUACACCAGUAAAUGGACAAACGAUUAUAGUAUUAUUCUUACUGGUGCCGCUUUCUAUCAUCGCUACUACAAUACUUUGUAUACCGAAUUAUUGAGCUCGACUCUCCAUAAGACCGUAGAGCAAUCGCAGAAUUGCGAGGAUAUACUUAUGAAUUUCCUAGUGAGUCACGUUACACGAAGACCGCCCAUCAAAGUGACGCAGCGUAAGCUAUACAAGGAUACUGCGGUAGCUGGAAUCAGAUCCCCGUGGAACGAUCCGGAUCAUUUCAUACAACGACAAACGUGCAUGAAUACGUUUGUCGCUGUCUUUGGGUAUAUGCCUCUAUUGCGAUCUAACAUGCGACUGGAUCCCGUUCUGUUCAAAGACUCUGUAAGUAAUCUGCGUAAGAAGUAUAGACAAAUUGAAUUAGUUAGCAAUUAGGAUUGUACAUGCAAUGCUCGAAUUUUUGCGCGCUACUAUUUUAUUUUACAAACGCGCUAGAUGCAACUAUAUAUUGCAAUACGAUACUGGAUCUGUUUCUUUUAAUUUACUUAUUUUUUUGUGUAUUUGAAACAAAAAGUUUAUAUUAAGGUUUUUAAACAGAAAAAAGCGAUAAAAAAGUAUAGUUAAAAAAAGCAGAUCUAUUAUCCUUGCCGUGCAAAUGUACGAGAGUAAAAUAUAUGGAGAACAUUUAAGCGUUUAUAAUCUACGCUAGAUUAUCAAUAUCAUCGGGCAGUAAAUCAAAGUCCAUUAUCCAGCAAGGACAUACAGUGAUAUCUUGCGAUUUAUUUGUGAGUACUUUUGUACAAAUUGUAGAACAAAUUGUAGAAUUGUAACGAUGCAGUUUCUAAUUGACGAUGUCUCGCAUAACUAUUAUCUGUUGCGAGAUAGCAUUUAAUUGAUGUAUAUACAAAUCGUUUUAUAAUUAUUAAUAAGAAAAAAAAUUAUUUAACACAAGCACUUAGACUUUUCACACUUUGAUUAUUGGAAUAAUUUAAAUCGAAAUAAUUUAAAUUGUAAAAUCAUUUAAUCGGUUCGAUAAAAACGAAGAAAAAAAAAUAUCAAAUUUUUCUGAUGUGCGUAUUUUCAUAUAUUGAUUAUCUUGCUAAUGCUUGACGUACAAGGAGCAAAGAUAUUUGUUUGUAUGAUAUUUUUAAUCAUGGAGAUUUGCAUAUGUUUUUCUAUCUGAAUAAAUGUAUUUCAUAUAAUCCUUCUUAGAUUUGAAAAAUGUAAGAAAUCGAAAAAGUCUAGAAUAGACUUUGUUAAGUGCUUUUAGUAGUGGUGAAAGUCAAUAUUUGUAUCAUGAAAAAACGCGAAGAGAGAAGCAAGAUUCGUUUAUAUUUAAAACAAUUGUAAAGAUAUUAGGGUUUAAUGAGAUAUUAUACAUAUAUAUCGAUAUAUCAAUUUUUCUUCAUAUCAAGUAAUUUUGAUGUUGUAUGAUUUAUAACGUCGCUUUACUAAUCCCUUUCUUUCUUCUCUCUUUUAGAGAGGAGUUUUUAUACUUCAUAUAUGUGAACUUAAUUAUAAGCACUUUGUAUCCAACAAAGAGAUUAUGUCAAUUUAUUCAAUUUAUGCACAAUAUUUAGCACAUAUUGUCGCAUAUGUUGUAUUGUUUAUUUUGUGAUCGCAUUUUACUGAUUGCACUGAUUUAUGAGUGCAUAUAAAAUUUCACAAUUUAGCAUAUCUAUUCGAAAUACUGCCGAGUUCUCAGGAACACGUUUGAAAAAAAAAAAGAAAAAUUUCUCUGUCAAGGCGUCACAACAAUAUCUAGUCGUUUACACCGAUAUACGCUGUUACGAUGGGAGAAAUAAUAUGUAAUCCCUCACAGAGGAAAUAUAAUAUGGCAUCUAUAUUUGUCUUAUCCGUUUUGAAGACGGAAGCUAUCUGUAUGUGAUAUGUUUUUAAUUAUUGUGUGCUUUAUAAUCGAGAAGAAUAUUGAAAAAAGGUUUAUAUAAUUUUUAUAAGAAUAUAAGAAUAUAAUUGUAAGAUUCUUAUAAGAAUUAUAAUUAUAAUUACAAAAAUUUUAAUUAUUUUUAUAAUUGUAAGAGAAUUAUACUAUUAUACUAUAUUUAUAUGAUUAUAUAUAUAUGUAUGCUUGUGUGUGUGUGUGUAUAUAUAUACACAUACAUACAUAUAUGUAAUUAUUAUAAUUAUUAUAUAAUUAUAUAAUUCUUAUUUUAUAUAUUUUAUAAUAUAUUUUUGCAAUUUUUUAUGGAGCAUCUGCAUUGCAAUCAAUAGCGAUCGCAAAUUAAUUAAAAUUUAUAUUAUAUUUUUAUUUAUAAUAUUAUAAUCAUUGUUCUUUAUAAUUCCAAAAAUUGGUUUAUUUUAUAUAUUUAUAUAUUAUCCAUCAUAUUUGAUUUCUAUCAAUUGAUAAAUGUUUGUAAAUUAGUAUCUAGAUGUAUAUAGAAAUCUUGACAUAUAAUAAUCUAUCGUUUGAUUCCUUGACGAACAAUCCUAUACAAAUAUAUUUUAAAUCAUCAUUGGACUGGUCAUUGAAGAUGAGCAUAAUCUUUGUACAAAAAGAAAUAUUCUAUGCAAUGAUCGCGGAUAUUUUGAUCCUAUUUGAUAUGAGGCAAUGAUUCUCCGAUCUGUUAAACAUUUUCCAUAUAAUCGUACUGCGCAAAAAAAUAACGUAAUAUAUAAUAAGAGAUAGUAUUAGUCAUUUUAUAUGGAAAAGAAAUAAACUGUUUUGUAUAAAAAAAAGAUGUAUUUGAAGAUAAUAAUUAUUAUAACCAAUUAAUUUUUUUUA